AUGUUGUUCUUUAGUUUUUUUAAGACUCUUGUUGAUCAGGAGGUUGUUGUGGAAUUGAAAAAUGAUAUCGAAAUUAAGGGCACUUUGAGAUCCGUCGACCAGUUCUUGAACUUGAAGUUGGACAACAUUUCCACUGUCAACGAAUCCAAAUAUCCCCACUUGCAGGCUGUCAAAACCUUGUUUGUCAGAGGUUCCACUGUUCGUUAUGUGCAUUUGAAUGCCACCUCCGUGGAUUGCACGUUACUACAAGAUGCAUCGAGAAGAGAGGCUAUGGUCCAGGCUGGUAAAUAA